GGCAAAAAAUACCUUCGACUUGAUAACGGUAGGUUCAUGGUCGUUAAUAACUGGGGCUCCGUUGGAUUGUUCACAACAACAGAGAGGAAGGCGCACCAGCUCCGGCCAAAUAAAGCCCAGACGCGUUUUGGCACCGCACACAAACGGAAACCAACCGUUCCUGCGCGACGAGCUCCGUUCUUCUACUGUUAGCUGUUGUUUGUAACGAGCUAGCUUUGUCCUUCGCAGUCACAGCUGUGGUGGGUCGCUGAUAUUUUUUUAUAUAUAAAAAUCGCCGUGGAAUAUGGCUCAGAAUAGACAUCAUGUAGCCAGUUCCCAAAAAGCAUUAAUGCUGGAGAUGAAAAGUCUCCAAGAUGAGCCGGUCGAAGGGUUCAAAAUAACUUUGGUGGACGAGUCGGACCUGUACAACUGGGAAGUAGCGAUAUUCGGACCCCCGAAUACACACUACGAGGGUGGUUAUUUUAAGGUGAGCUCGCAGGGUUAUGAUGAAUGGGACUAUUUUAUGGGAAGGGUUGCCACAUGGGUCUCUCAGCCCGAGAACGGGGAUGUGUGCAUCUCCAUCCUUCAUCCACCAGUGGACGACCCACAGAGCGGUGAGCUGCCAUCGGAGAGGUGGAACCCCACGCAGAACGUCAGGACCAUCCUGCUCAGCGUGAUCUCUCUGCUGAACGAACCCAACACGUUCUCGCCCGCCAACGUGGACGCCUCCGUCAUGUACCGAAAGUGGAGGGACAGCAAGGGCAAGGACAGAGAAUACAUCGAGAUCAUCAGCUGGUUCUGCGGAAACGCACAGUUUGAUCUUAUUGGUCAGCUGCAUCUGUGUGCCAUCUAUAAAACGCACCACAGGCGCUCCGGAGCCGAGACCGUCUGA